GGUGUCAGUUGGUGCUUUGUCUUCGGGGUGAGUUUGGCGCCGCAUUGCUGCUGACUCAUGUCUCUGCUGCCAUUGGAGAUCUUCGCAAGCUGAAUGUCGCUUGCGGUAGACAUCUUGCGUUCUUUCUGGAUCAGCUGAUUACAAAGCUGCGUGCUGGGGCGUGCCAGCGAGACCUUGAAACGGACGAACAACUGCUCGCAUAUGCCAGCGGAGACAUGCAAGGCAGUGCCGAUGAUGCAUGGGUGUGGAGCGGCAGCGAAUCCGGUACAAACCUCCAUCAGCAUCAAGUGGUACUGAAUGGUCACCCAGGGGACAAACCGGUUCUAGCAGCUGAGCAGCUGUCUACCAGUACUUUGACUGAGCAAGAGAGCCAGGCCUGGGGCGGAUGGGAUCAUGUUCAGCGAACGUUAAGCCAGCUGCAAGAGCAUCAGCAGCGGCCGGCUUCUAACCAGCAGCAGGCACCUCCGCCUCAGCCGCAGUCUCAAGGUCAGCAGCAACCUUCGCCCACAACGCCCGCGAAAAUGGCACCGACGACUUAUCCAGCUUCUCAUAUGCAGCCCACUCUCACACCUUCUCCUUACCCGCCACAUCCACCACAACCGAGCAUUUCGCCGAACCCUCAUAGCGGACAAAGCCAGAGCCAAGUCGCAGCCAAUAGCAACCACAAUGUGAACGGCGCUGCUGCAGGAAGCAGUCGCAUUAGCAUUCAGGAUAUCAUGUAAAAAAGAAAGACCCGAGGAGGGGUCAUGGCAGGCCUCCAGGUGGUUUCACACGGAUAUCCAACUUGUUGGAGCGAGCACGCAGAGCGGAAGGGUUGGAAGGGGUACCUGCGUCGAUGCGCUGGCAACUUCAGCGAUGGAACACGCUAUUCACGGAAUCGACUGCACGUGAUUUCGAGUUCGCGGUCAAUGAAGUGCAAGGUUGCUCUAUACCAGCUCGCGAGACUCGAAGAAGUCGAGCAUUGCCACUAUAUGGUGCCUCUACCCGAGUUGCGUAAAGUGCAGCAGGAACGUGAGAUACAUGGAGCGUAAUGCCCGGUAUCUAGGUCGACACUCCGUCUGAUGAUUCAUACCUACCUACGUUGAGCUCAGUGAGCUGGGAGUGGCAUGGGCAAUGGCAGAUCCUGCAGAGGCUCAUGUUUUCCGACCCUGAGGUGCGCUCCCCAACCUCAACAGGUCACGGGUGGUAGAUGAGGGCUGGAGGCUGCUCCGAACUUAAGCAUGUGCAAAAUGAUGGUACAUAAGGUACGGUAGGAGGUAGCCUAGAGAGACUCGCUCGCGGCAUGCACGCAAACGUCGAAUCUUUUCGGGAAGCUUUCAGACAGCUCUGAGCCUCCAGCUGUUUCUACCACCUCCCACCUACAUGUACCUACAGACGCGCGAGAUAGCUUGGAUUCGACCUCCGGAAAUGAUGGAAUGGAGAAGGGUUCGUUCUGUCAUGUCCACCAAACCACACUCGAUCUUCUUCUUCGACAACCACGUCCUGACCACGGAUUUGACUUCAUACCACAGGACGCUGUCCAAUCGUCCGGUCAUUGGAAGGUACAUGAAUUGAAUCACACCUCAAUUGAGGUAGGUGGCAGUGAGGCAGUGAGAAGUGAGGCAGUCACGCAGGGCAGGCAGGCGCAAUGGGGGCGGACCGGGCGGUACGAAAGCAAAACAAGCUUCUCUCCACGAGGCUUGUCUCAAAUACGACUAGGCAGAAGUCGUGAAGCGAAUCACAUUGCGUCACGGAGCGGGAUGGAUCCUCCGCGGGUGACCGGGCCAAACCUUGUUGCUGGAAGAGCCGGCAGCAACGUGCGUGUGCCUGAUUCGAAGCAGUUACGCAAGCUUCGUGCUUUCCAGGUUCCUUCCUUCCACAGCUUCCAGGUGAAAGUGACGUGGGCGGGCCAUUCUUUAUUCUCUCUUCCACCUCCAUCCCUCUACACUUCACCGUUUCUCCAUUGACCUACCAUCUACCUGAUCCACCAACGCACUGCAACGCACUGCUCAGUCUACCUACCACAUCACCUGCAUCUCCUCGCCUCGCCCCGCUUUAACAUGGUUCAUCUCGACCGAGUGGAGAAUGACAAGGACCUGUCCGAGAAGGUCAUUCCUGGCCUUGCAGAUCUCUCCUUCAAAAGCAUACCCGGUGAGGAUGAUUACUCGUCGACUGUCUACGGUUCGAGGUUCGCCGCUACAGACCUUCCCAAAAACGAGAUGCCGGAUGACGAGAUGCCUCGCGAGAUUGCAUACCGCAUGAUCAAGGACGACCUGUCUUUGGACGGCAAUCCGACGCUCAAUCUCGCGUCGUUCGUGACGACUUACAUGGAAGAUGAGGCUGAGAAGCUUAUGGUGGACGCCUUCUCUAAAAACUUCAUUGACUACGAAGAAUACCCUGUCAGCGCCGACAUCCAAAACAGAUGUGUUUCAAUGAUUGCCAGACUUUUCAACAUUCCCGCCCAUGAGGACUCGACCAAUGCUAUGGGUACAUCGACUGUUGGUUCCUCCGAAGCUAUUAUGCUGGGUACCCUGGCAAUGAAGAAGAGGUGGCAGAAUAAGCGCAAGGCAGAAGGUAAAGACUACAGCAAACCGAACAUUGUUAUGAAUUCGGCGGUGCAGGUUUGUUGGGAGAAGGCGGCAAGGUAUUUUGAUGUCGAGGAAAAGUAUGUGAACUGCACCGAGGAACGAUAUGUCAUUGAUCCGGAAGAAGCUGUGAACCUGGUCGACGAGAACACAAUUGGAAUUUGUGCCAUCAUUGGGACUACUUACACUGGCGAAUACGAGGAUGUCAAAGCCAUCAACGACCUGCUUGUCAAGAAGGGCAUUGACUGCCCGAUCCACGUGGACGCAGCAUCGGGAGGUUUUGUUGCACCUUUUGUCAACCCAAAUUUGGUCUGGGAUUUCCGCCUCGAAAAGGUCGUAUCCAUUAACGUUUCUGGCCACAAGUAUGGCCUUGUGUACCCAGGCGUAGGAUGGGUCGUCUGGCGUGAUCCCGAGUUCUUGCCAAAGGAACUCAUCUUCAACAUCAACUACUUGGGUGCCGACCAAGCUUCCUUCACCCUCAACUUCUCUCGCGGUGCUUCGAAUGUGAUUGCUCAGUACUAUCAAAUGAUUCGUCUCGGCAAAAAGGGUUAUCGGAGCAUCAUGUUCAAUUUGACCAGGACGGCAGACUACUUGGCAGCUGCUGUGGAGCAGAUGGGCUUCCUUCUAAUGUCUAAAACUCAAGGCGAGGGUCUUCCACUGGUGGCUUUCCGCCUCAAUCCAGAACACGGACACAAGUUUGAUGAGUUUGCCAUCGCACACCACCUGCGAGAGAGAGGUUGGGUGGUUCCGGCGUACACGAUGGCACCCAAUGCGAACAAGAUCAAGAUGAUGCGCGUUGUCGUCCGUGAGGACUUCUCCAGGAGCAGAUGUGAUGCCCUGAUUACAGAUCUCCAGAUGGCAGUGAAGGAGCUUUCGAAACUGGAUGUGAAGCAGUUGGAGGAUCGUACACAGCAGCAUCGAGCUCGACGAGCAGUGCGGGCGGAGAAGAAGAAGACCAACAAUCAUUUCAGCGAUGAGAAGCACAGUCUGAAGGGCAAGACUGGCAAGAGCCAUGGCAUUUGCUGAGCGCCAAACUCUAGAGGCCCCAAGAUGAAAAGCAAUGACAGUAGAGAUGCAGGCAUGAAAAAUAUACAGACAACCUGUACUCCCUAUCUACUCUGCCCUCAGUGUGAUGUCUCGGUGAAGUACGUGCCAUGUAUGUGUAUAUAGGUAGACAUGGACAGGACUUGUGCCCCAGCGGGGUCGUGCUUUGCUCGAUACAGAGGGGCGGCCCAGCCUUUUCUGUGAGGCAGCAUCUUCAACACUUUCUCCGAGAGCAACCCUGCACUUGCUGAUUGAACAGCAGCUGAAGUCAUUGUGUGCAGCGGGCAAUGGUCAAUUUUCCGAUAUCGCCCUCUGUCUUUUCUCUUUUCUGCAUUCUCGUCUCGCGUUUCUCAUUUCUCUCCUCAUCGAAUAUCAGGAUCCAUCAUCCCGAUCCAGUUCUUCGGUGGAGCGCGAGACUUUUUCUUACGCGGCUGCUGCAUCAUUGCAUCAGUUACAGUUGCAGUUGCAGCAGCAGGAGAUUUGACAUGAUGCACGGCGGGCUUUGCUGCUGCUGCUGCUGGCUGAGAAGCAUCGUCUCUCGCAAAAAGUUGCACCGCACGGAGAUGGGUAUCUUUUCCAUUUUGGUGAUUUUCCAGAAUGCGGACUUGCACGAGGAAGGCUCGUAGGACGGGGGGAGAUAAUUCAUCGUCUUCAUCAUCAUCAUCUUCAGAACCGCCAUCACCAUGAACAGUAGUAAAUGCUUGAUGAUGAUGCCCCCGGGGUGGUCCCACUUUCGUGAAAUCCACAUCGAUCCAACCCGUCGGUUGCUCAAAACUCAUUUCGGCAAAUUCAAGGAGAUCGUGCACGCCCAUUCCCGCCAGGAAUUGGAUUUUGGUCGGCGUGUAGGAUUCGUCGCUGAGGUAGUCGAGGUAGAUUCUCAUGCGGACAAUGGAGACGAGUUUGAAAAAGUGGAUGCUGAGGAGAUGGGGUUGUGGGCCGUCGGAUUGCCAGAAUUGUGCCACGUCUGCGGAGCGGAGGGCGAGGACGCCGUUGCCUGGCUUGGCGGUGCUGACGGUCCAUGAUGCGAGGGAGGAGAUUUCUUUGAGGCCGGGGGGAGGGAAGGGUUCGUCCUCUUCUUCUUGUUGUUGUUGGUCUUGUUCUUCUUGUUCGUCGUCGUCGUCGUCGUCGUCUUCGUCUUCGUCGUCUAUUUCUUCUUCGUCGAGAUCGUCGUGUUCUGGAAGUUCAUCCUCGUCGCCUUCAUGAUCGGCGGCUCCAGACUCGGCGGUGUUUUCGUCGUCCAGGUUGCCUUCAGGGAGCUCUUCCUCGUCUGAUGUGGUGGAAGUUGGUCGUCGCCCCACGUUGCUCACGCCUCUCCUCGAUCGCAAUGUCGUGGGCGGCAUUAUGUGCUUGUCAAAGUACUCAUGACGUGUCGCCCGAUAAUCAUGAUCGGGUGUCUACUGCAGUGCGGGACUUUGGCUCUUGCCUCUCGCAUGAUCUGGCUG